AUGACGACAAAGGAGAACUUCCAUCGCGUGCCAGAUACGACGCCCAUUGAAGAGGAGCUCCUUCCAGGGUACAAGGCGGAGGACUACUACCCCGUCACGACAGACCAGACCCUAGAUUCACGGUAUCGUAUCAUCUGCAAACUUGGUCGUGGGGUUGGGUCGACCGUCUGGCUGGCCAAAGACUUGAAAACGUCCCAAUAUAGAGCUGUAAAGGUCUGCACUCGGACUACAGACGGCGCAGUUCCUGCGCAAGCCAGCCAAGAGAUUGCUGUGGCCAAGUACCUCAAGACAGCGCCUGUCCGAGAGCAUCCGGGCAGAUGUAGCGUUCGCACAGCUCUGGACUCUUUCACUCUCAAUGGUCCUCAUGGCAUCCAUACGUGUCUUGUCUAUGCGCCUCAGGGAAUGACUUUCACUGAACUCCGCGAGUACUUACCGGACAACAGGCUAUCGAAACGGAUGGUGCAGACGAGCGUCCAAGUUAUUCUGAUCGCGAUGGAUUAUCUUCACAAGAAUAACGUUGUUCAUACUGAUAUUUCUCCAAAUAAUGUCCUUAUUGGUGCAACGGAUGAAACGCCAUUCUCUCAACUAGAGAAGGAAGAACAGGCACGCCCUGUUGCAAGGAAGGUUCUCUCCGAUAGAACAAUCUACAUGUCGCGCCCAGUACCGCGGACCAACGGGCAGCUUAUCCUGUCUGAUAUGGGCUCAGCAAGAUUUGGCCAAGAGACUUUCAAGGGCGACAUUAUGCCCGACGUCUACAGAGCCCCGGAGGUUAUUUUAGGAAUGGAGUGGUCCUCCAAAGUUGACCUGUGGUCGGUUGGGGUUAUGAUUUGGGAUCUUUUGGAAGGCAAGCGACUUUUUCAUGCGAAAAAGGACGGCGUUCUUGACGAUGAACAACACUUGGCGGAAAUGGUGUCUCUUAUGGGCAACCCGCCGCCCGAGUUCUUGCAACGCAGUGAUAUUUGCGCGAGGUUCUUCGACGAUGCAGGCAAUUGGAAAGGUUCCAUUCCUAUCCCGGAUCAAUCCUUCGAAGAUCGCAUAACUCAAGUUCAAGGGGAGGACAAAGAGCUGCUGCUUGGAUUUGUGCGCAGCGUGCUUUGUUGGUUGCCCGAGAAGAGACCAACAGCUGAGGAGAUGGCAUAUGAUGACUUUCUCAUGCAAGCAUACUUUGCCGCACAGUCGACAUGA